GUUUAUGUGUGAGUUGAUGGGUUUCAUAUAGGUUAAACAUGUUUCCCAAUCUCAUGCUUUAAGAAAUAGUUCACUGUACAGAAGGUAGACCCAUAUUGGUCUGCAUUUGUUAUUAUUUGUAGGAUGCAGUGGGAUGAUGUUCCCAAAGUCAAUAGUAUCAUGCCACACGCCGCAAGAACAACCAAGCUUUCCACCAUCACAUCUAUCGAUGAGUUGGAAGAAGAUAUUGACAAACUCUCUGACGUAAAUAAAAAUGACGAAACAUUUAUAACAGCAAUAGAAGCACCGAAUAAAAACCACAAAAUCCAACCCGUGACAGCUGCAUUAUCAAAAACAUAUACAUGCACGUCAUUAACACUGCCUGCAAUAGACAUGAAAAGUCAUCAUUUACAGCAGCGAAACGCAGAAAUUGAUGACAUCAUUAAUUCUGCUGAUAUGGAAAGCAACGUUGAUAUUACUGAAGUGAAGCCGAAUUAUGAUGAGACGGGUAAAAGAACCUAUGAACGUGCUUGUAGGAAGAUAGGUGUCAGCACUAUAUCAAAUUUUCUGAGGAGUCUAGAGCGAGGAUCUGCCCUUGACCUUCAAUUUUAUGGUUUAGAAUGUAAAAGCACCUUGGCAAUAUCCAUGGCACUAGUGAUUAAUUCAACAAUAACGACAGUCAAUCUACAGGGAAAUACUUUAAACACCAGGAGUUUGGGAUAUCUGGAGAAAAUGUUGGAAGAAAAUAUUACAAUUACAAAUUUGAAUUUAAGUGAAAAUGACCUCCGUACGCCAGGAAUGAGAGUCAUCGCCAGAAUUAUAGAAAACAACAAGACCUUGAAAUAUCUGAACAUAUCAAAUAAUAAUUUCUAUGAUACUGAUGGUAUAGUAUUAGCCAAAGCCAUUGAGGAACAUUCAGAACUGUUGGGCAUCAACAUUAGUCAAAACAGUUUUGGUGACAUUUGUGCUGGAGCGUUUAAAUCAAUGCUCGCCGAGAACAGCUGCUUACAGGAAAUAGAUCUAAGUUGGAAUAAUUUUUUACGAGGGGGCGCCACCUGUUUAGCCGAAGGCAUGGCGGAAAAUGUUUGUAUCAGAGAUUUCAAUGCGUCGUGGAAUGGUUUUGAAGAUGAUGGUGCUGCUGCCAUGGCUAAAGCUCUUGAGACUAACACGGUGUUAAAAACUCUAGAUUUAUCUUGUAAUCGAAUUGGUCCUGAUGGAUUUUUAACUUUAAUAGGAGCUUUUAAACACAAUGACUCAUUAGAUACAUUAAAGGUUGGUAAAAACAAUGUUCCAGACCAAGCAGCAGAAUCAGCAAUAAUGUUUUUCCUCGAAUUAAAUUUAAUACGUCUAAGGACUCUAGAUCUUUCAGAUGUUAUAUUUCGUAGUGCUUUCAACAACAAAAUAAACGAGCUUCACGAAAUCCAUAAAGAUAUCACAAUCAUCCACGGUUACACAGAUUCUUACGGUAAAAGACGAAUGGUAUCUUACGACGCCGUAGUGGAAGCCAUUAAUGUGAUCAAUCUAUUCCUAGCCAAACAGAAAAUUCGUAUCGUCGAGUUAUUUAAAAGAUUUGAUUUAGACGGAAGUAUGAGUGUUAGUUAUGAAGAAUUUCAACAAGGUUUAAAAGAGGCUGGUAUUUAUCUCUCAGCGACACAACUUGAUCUAUUAAUACGUCAUUUAGACAAAGAUGGCGAUGGUGAAAUAGAUUUCAGCGAAUUAGUAGCGCUAACUGAAAAUUAACGCUGCAAAGAAGAUUUCACCAACUGCGAAAUUUAUGUUAAUAAUCACACUUGGAUAACUCAAGUUGAAAUACAAGAUCACUUCUACUGGAAGAAUCGCAGAAUAUUCCGUCCAAGACGCCAGUAAAUCAACACAAUUAUAAAACACAAUACAUAUGGAAACAUAAUAUGUCAAUUUGUUUCUCACUUGCGUAAGGGAUUUAGUAGAAUGGAUAAAUCAUCUUAUUACCAAGGAAUAGAUAAUUAAUUAUUUUAGGAGAGAGAGAGAGAGAGAGAGAGAGAGAGAGAGCGUUUGUUUAGUUUAUGUAUUGUGUUUGUUUGUUAAGCUUCAUGAGUGCUAUUAAUAGGUUAUCUAUUGGUGUAUAAAUGCUAAUCAUAGAAUCCUAUAUAAACUAGUUUGGUAUUUGAAAUAGUCUAAUUAUUUAUUUAUAUUAGUUGAAAUGAAUGUAUAAAUUUAUUUAUAAUAUUUUUUGGGUAUAUGCACCUUGUAUUAAAUGUAAUUGUUAACCGUUUUGCUAUUGUCCAAUGUAUUCUAUUCAUACUCUUAUAAUCAUUUACAUAUGGAUAGCAUUUUAAUAUUUGAAAUAACUUAAUUAUUUAUUUAUCUAGUUCUUGAAAUGUAUGUAGGAAUUUAAAAGAAAUUAUUAACAGUUUUUCUAUUAUCAACUGUAUUUUAUCCAUAAUAGAAUACCGUAAUGUAGGGAUUGCCUUUAAGAUAUCUGGAUUAUUGAUGACGUGUAAUCUAAUAUGGAAUGAUGUACUAUCUGUCAAAAUAAAACACGA